GCCCAUAGUGGUUAAUGGGAAUCCGCUGACAGAGCACAACCAGUUGUCUGCGUCGCCAGAUGUAUGCGCGGAUCAGCAGGUGCAGUCUUUAACCGGAUGGAAGUCUUGGUUACCACCACACCGAUCUGAGGGACAGCUCUCACGCUACGGACUCUUAUUUCCAGGAUGCGCUGACAUUUAUGACAUGCUCGCGGCGCUUGGCAGUUACAGAUAAACUCCACCUGGCGUCUCCACUCCUUCGGCAGCUAUGGCUUUCUGUGUAUCUGGAGGGACCGUGUUCACCAUCCUCCUCAUUAGCAGGUUGUUAGAGAGCUCGUUGCUCAACGCAGAAGUGAAGGAAGGAGAGAUUCUGCCUCCUACCAUUCAGAGGCUGAUGAAAGGAUACAACAAGUACCUCAGGCCUUUCUUUGACAAUGGUCCUGUAACGGUGGGUAUGAGCCUGGACAUUGCCAGCAUUGACACCAUCUCAGAGAUCAACAUGGACUACACCGCCACCAUAUUCCUCCGUCAGCGCUGGACGGACGAGCGCUUGGUGUUUGAGGGCAACAAGAGCCUGAGCCUUGACGGGCGGCUAGUGGAGCUGCUCUGGGUCCCCGACACCUUUAUCGUCGACUCCAAGAAGUCCUUCCUCCAUGACAUCACUGUGGAGAACAGGCUGAUCCGCAUCUUCCCCAAUGGGACCGUCCUUUACGCACUGAGGAUUACCACCACCGUGGCUUGCAACAUGGAUCUGACCAAGUACCCCAUGGACAAGCAGACCUGCACGCUACAACUGGAGAGCUGGGGUUACAACACCAAUGAUGUCAUGUUCUACUGGACCAGAGGAAAUGAGUCUGUCAGUGGUUUAGACACUCUGCAGCUAGCUCAGUACACAGUAGAGGACCACUACACAUCUGUCUCAGAGGCCGUUUAUGAAACUGGCAAUUACCCCAAGCUGGUCUUCCACUUUGAACUGAAGAGGAGCAUUCUGUACUUCAUCCUAGAGACCUAUGUCCCCUCAAGCCUGCUUGUUGUCCUCUCGUGGGUUUCCUUCUGGAUUUCCCUGUCCUCUGUUCCAGCACGUAUUUGUAUAGGAGUGACCACAGUACUAACUAUGACCACUCUGAUGAUGGGGGCCCGGACGUCACUGCCCAAUGCCAACUGCUUCAUUAAGGCCAUUGAUGUUUACUUGGGAAUCUGCUUCAGCUUCAUCUUUGGAGCGCUCAUUGAGUACGCUGUGGCCCACUUCUGCACCCUCACUCACCCCGACGCACACAUGUUCAUGUACGGCCACCACAUGCACGACUUCGACGACGAAAUGAACGGCAUCCUCACCACCAUCUCCAGACACUCCAACAGGGCAAAGAGACGCAAGGAGCCUGCUUCUUCCCCAUCUCCCGCCUCCCUAGAACUCGCUGUCAGCCCUUCCAGCCCCUCAGGCAGUGAGCCUAAGCCCGAGGCGUCGCCCCCAGAGUCCACCAACUGGUGCCUCACUGUUCUGGUCACCCUCCGUAAAGUACUCCGCUCCAUAAAUUGCUGUCACGUGGAGAACCCCCACCACAUAGACAACUACUCCAGAGUCACCUUCCCCCUCUCUUUUGUCAUGGUUAACCUGCUCUACUGGACAUAUUAUCUGUACUUUUAGCAUUCGCUCAAGUGCAGCAUGUGUCCCAGAGAGUGUGAGUCAGAGAGUGUAUGUAGACACGAUGUGUAUUUUACCGUAUGUAUGUACAUUAAAUGUUAUUUAGGUGUGUUUUGAGACGAGUGUGUAAAAUUUCUACAUUUGGAUUCAUGAGUGAAGUAGCAUACUCAUAGAGGGUUGUUUUUGGGAAAAAGCGAUGCCUAUGAUUACAGCGCCAUUCUUAAAUAUUAAUGUGUACUUGAAUCGAAUCAUUGCUUUAAAUUUUAAUCAGCUGGUUUUAUUAAAAAAUAGGCCCACCUGACAUUGACUGGGUGAGAUUUGAUCAAUUUGAUCAAAGAACAUUGCUUACAAAGACAAAAUAGCCAGUCUGCAUAUUUUUUUUGCUGCAGUAUAUAAAUUUUAAGUGUAUCAGCGUGCAGGUAGUUACUGUCUGACACUGAGAGGAUGGAGCUGUAAUUUAAGGCUUUAUGACAGAAUUUGCUAGCAUUGCUGAGAGAGAGCAAAUGCCCGCUCCACUUUGAUUCUCUGUUGUGAUGGAUUGAUCAAUGAUACUUUCCAUUUCUGCCUGCAGAUACAACAUUUAGAGGGACAUAGGAAAAUAAUGGAUGGAAGAAGAGGGACAGGGGGAGACAGGGGAGCUUGAAAAAUAACUCAACAUGGAGAGUGUUAAAAACUAUAAACCAGUCUCCCAAGGACGAUAAUUUCCGCUCGCUGUUGAAAUCUCUCUUUCUUCUGUGUCCUUCUGUGAGUCAUUUUUAAUUCACUAAGCAGUGCUGUCUCUCUUUGCCUGCAUUUAUUUUUUCAUUGACACUAUAAAUGUAGUGGCCUUUGAUCCCUUCAGUUGUAUUCUGGAAAUCUGGCCACCAUGAACAGUAUUAUGGCACUUGUCAUCACACGUCUGUUCUGCAGUUUCACAAGGAAGGCGGCCUGUGAAACACUAUGAAACUACAGAACGUUGAAUAAUAAACUAUAUGGCAUAAAUAUGACAUUAUGAAAUGAAUAAUCACAUACAUAAAUAGAGUGGAAUAUAUAAAUAACAAUACAUUAUUAAAACUCAACUUGUUUUAUAACAUUUUAUUUCAUCAUUUUUAUUUUCAUACUUUUUUUUCAUUGUGGAUUUUUUUAUUUUAGAACGUAAUUUUUCAAACCUCUGUUUUUAUUUCAUAAGGGCAUUUUUUUUUUUUUUUUACCAGUGACACUUUAUUUCAUCUCACUUUUUAUUUCAUUAUUUCAUAAUGCUAUAAAGCCUCCCUUCGCAGGGCUCAACAACUGCUAACAUUACCAAAUAUUAACCAGCUAUUUCCUGUUAGCUUGAGCAACAACAAUGCAAAGACACAGUAGCUUAGCUCUUCUUUUAUUUGGUUUAAAAAGGCUAUAUUAUGCUGCCUUCCUAACCAGCUAGGAUAGGUUGUGAGCUUGGAUUAUUUACUUGGCAUCAAACUGUGGACACAGUGUUAGCAGUGUUAGCUAGUUGGCUAAAUCAGAUUUAGUGUUUAUGAUUCUAAAGCUGUUCAAUAGAGAAAGACACAGUCCUGUGAAGAUUAAAAAGACAGUCUUGCUCGUUGGUUCCUCUAGCCAAGAGGAGCUAGCUAGCUGGCAGCACAGUCAUUAAAAAAAUUACAUUAUGAAAUAAAAAAGCAACAUCAAUUGUUAUGAAACGUUAUGAAAUGAAAACAGGCUUUUGAAAAAAUAACAUUUUGAAAUAAAUUUUUUUAUAAUGAAAUAAAAUAAUGAUGAAAUAACAUUUCAAAGUAAUGGGAUAUGUUUUAAUAAUUAAUUACAUUAUUUCACCAUUUAUUUGUUCAUUUAUAAAUGUCACUUUUUUUGUUCAUAUGAUUAUUCAUUAUGUUUUAUUUAUUUAUUGCAUAUUGAACACUUUGGGUCUCCAUACAGGACAGCAACACCUAGACAGACCGGUACCAUGUAACAGUGAUAUACGCAGCACUCUUUAUGGGCUGCUGGCAGUGUUUCUCCCUGUGAAUUUGUAAUGCAUAAAGCAGUAGUCAGACCCAGAUGUGUUAGACAUUGUAGAGUGAUUUGGAUAUGAAUGAAAUGGCCAAAAUAUUUCAACAGGAUGUCAUCAUCUGUGCAUUAUCCAAAUGGAAAAAUGCCUUCAUAUACUACGCUUGAGGUAUCACUUCUCUCCUCAGUUCUUUAGGCUGUUGUCAUCUUCCGCUGUGUGAGUAUCGAGUGUUGUGAUACAGUAUGUUCGCUACCAGUGAUGUGAACCAAAGAACCAAAGAUACCAAUUUGAUUUUACCGUUCCUUUUGGUUGCCCUUUAGUUCCUCAACUAGGAGAUUUUAAGUGCAUUUUCAAAUGUUUAUAUCACGUUUGUUAUUCAUUGGAUAAUUCUGAAAUAGCAUGCAGUCAAUGAGCAGAUGAACAUGACACUUUACAAUUCAGAUAGAAAACAGGAUUCAGUUUAACAACAGAGAUGCAUGUUUAUUUAUUGCAGUAUUUAUUUAUAGUAUAAUAUUGCUGGGACAUAUUUUCACUCAUUCCAUUCCAUUUUUAAGAACUAUCAUUCACUGUCUAUUGAACUUAAUGGCAAUCUAUUUAUAUUUCAUUGCCUUUUAAACUCUUUAUGCUCAUAUUUUAGCUGCAUUGCUUCUCAUGUUUUAAUCUAUUUUUGAAUAUGUUAUCAACUACCAAGCUUUUGGAUUGCACUCCUUGCCUGAUGCUAAUAGAAAAGUAGGAUUUUUCUUUCGUUUCUGGUCUUCCUGCAUGGUUAUCAAGUGUAACUUCUGUUUCUUCUGCUUUGCUUGAUUUUGUUAUGGUUUAAUAUGAUGGAGGAGAAUCAUCAUGAAAUGCUCAGCUGAGGCCAUUGAACGGAUUAGAUCUGUAUUUUGAUUGCAAUGAUGCAACUUUGAUUUGGGGUGUCAUCUGGGUCCAAAAGUGCAGGAUGUUCAAACCCCUGUUCUCAUUUUCAGUUCAGUUAUGAACCCUAUUCUGUGAAAGGAUGAGUGAUCAGUGACAGUGUUCAUUUGUCUCCGAAUGAGCUGCGUCUGCUCUGCGGAAGUGAGCACUGAGCCACUGAAAAGGUUAAUGUGAUAAAAUACAGAGUGUCAGGUUUUAUACAAUAUAGCUCCACGGUCAUAGUUUUGAUAGCUAUCUUCUCAGUGAUUAGUACAAGAAGUGAAUGCCAAUAUGGAGCCAAAGAACCACAAGAGCAACCAUUCAAGCUUUCUGUCAGAAUGGAAGCAAAUAGAACGUUUUGUCACCCAGUGAUGAAGUUGAUCCAUACACAAGGCUAGAGAGUAUCAAUUGUCCAGUGGCUCCAUGGUCGCAACUACAUUAUCAGUGCUGGUUUGCUGCGAAUGGACAGCAUUUUAGAUGGUUAUGAAUACCCGAAGAAGUUGAGAAUACAUCGCAGAAACAAAGGUAUGAAACAGAACAUUAUGGGCAACAUUGCCGGGACCCAUUUGGAGCAACUUUUCAGCAACAUUGGGCAACAAAAAAAUGGAAAAUGGCUACCGUUGGACUUCCCUUUUUUUCCUGUUGUGGGAUGUGUGAAAUAAUGCCUCAAGGUGACGUUGGCUACCAACCUCACAGUUCCUAGGGCAUCUUCAUGUGAAAUGUAUUCAUAUACUGUAGUACCAUGAUAAUAUAGGCAUCAGUAUGCUUAACCUGUUGUAAAUAAAUAGUAACACUAUGCAUGUUUAUUUGGUGUAUGAAUAUGAAUGAUAGCAAUAAAAGAGGAUUAACGUGUG